AUGCUGCACCAUCUCAUGAUCGGUACCUGGACGCCGCCCGGCAGAAUAUACACCGUCGCUUUUGACGAUGAAGCCCUUACCCUGACGCUACUCAAAAAGACCGAGAUCCCCGAAGACGAGCCCAUCUCGUGGAUGACCUUUGACCAUGCCAAGAAAAACAUAUACGGCGCUGCCAUGAAAAAGUGGUCCAGCUUCGCCGUGCGCAGUCCGACCGAUAUUGUCCAUGAAGCCUCGCAUCCGAUGGGAGGAGACCCCCUCGCAUCAUCCUCCGAAACAAACACGCGAGCCAUCUUCGUGCUGGCCGCCAAGAAACCGCCAUAUAACGUCUACGGCAACCCCUUCUACAAACACGCGGGAUUCGGCAACGUCUUUUCCGUCAACAAGACCGGCAAACUUGAUCGCAAUGUCCAAAAUUUUGAGAUUGACCCUCACUCGGGCAUCCACGGCAGUGUGUUUGACCCGACCGAGACAUAUUUAUAUUCGGCCGACAUGGGCGCAAACAAGAUCUGGACGCAUAAGAAGGACCCGGAGACUGGGGAGCUCACUUUAGUAGACAGUGUCGAGGCCCCAGGCCCUGGCGACCACCCGCGAUGGGUUGCAAUCCACCCCAGCGGACACUACCUCUACGCGCUGAUGGAAGCUGGAAACCGACUGGCCGUCUACGUGAUUGACGAGAAGCGCCACGUCCCCGUCUUCACACGCCUAAUCUAUCCAUUAAUCCCACCAGGUCUUCCCCCACGCAACAAGUAUCGCUCCGACGUAGUCUUUCCGACGCAGAGCGGCAAGUAUCUCUUCGCCACGGCGCGAUCCAAUCACAACGACGUGCACGGCUAUAUCAGCGCAUUCCGACUGGGACCCGAAGGAAACAUCGAGAAACAGCUCUUCAUCAACCCGACGUCGACGAGCGGCGGUCACUCGAACGCGGUGAGUCCGUGCGACUGGAGCGACGAGUGGCUGGCCCUGUGCGACGAUCAGGAUGGGUUUGUUGAGAUGUACCGCUUCAAGAACGAGCUGUUGGCUAGGGUGGCUAGAGUCGACAUCCCAGAAAAGGGCUUUGGCAUGAAUGUGAUUUGGUACGAUUAG